AUGGCAAUCAGAAACCAAGGAAUACCUACAGCUCUGAAAGAAAAGAAUUCUGGCAGUUGGAAGCCCAAGAAUAUCUACAGCUAUGAAGGGAAAGCAAGGACACUACUCCUGUUCCUAGUGUCCAACCUGCUCUUGUGGGAGAAUGCAGCCUCUGCACCUACCUGUGUCAAGAGGGAUCUGGAUACCCAGAAGUCCUUAGAGAGACUAGUUAAAUUGGCCACCUUUAUGUCUAAGAUGAUCAAUAUCCAAGCUGGAGAAAUAUUUACUGAAUUUGAUAAACAGUAUGCCCAUGGCAAGAGGUAUAAUGAUAGGGUCCCUGACAUCUGCCCCACUGAUUUUUUUGAAACUCCAGUAAACAAGGAGCAAGUUCUAAAAAGCAAUCCAGAAGUACUACUGCAAUUGGUAUACAAUCUACUGUAUUCCUGGGGCGACCCUCUGCAUCAUCUUGUGAAUGAAAUACCUAUCAUGCAAGGAGAUCCUUAUUCUAUUCUCUAUAAAACCAGACAGAUGAAGGCAAAAUUUGAAGACCUCACGGAGGGAAUUAAAAUAAUACUCAGCGAGAUUGGAGAAAAAGCUAAUGAGAGCUACCUUGCCUGGUCUGGGCUGACAGCCUUGCAGUCAAGCAAUGAAGAUGUUCGCUGUUUUACCUUUUACAACCUGUUCCGCUGCCUUCUCAAAGAUUCCCACAGAAUAAACACUUUUCUCGAGGUCCUCAAGUACCAAAUCAUCCAUGAAAACAACUGCUAA